UUUUUCUUUCCUUCUUCUCUUCUAUUCUCUCCGCGCGAACCCGGAGCAAGCAGCGAGCAGGAGAGAGAGACAGACAGACACAGAGAGAGAGAGACAGACAGACAGACAGAUCCGGGCCUGAGACGCCUCGCUGCGGAGACAUGCUGUAAUUCCCAGAGAGAGAGAGAGAGAAAGGAAGGAAGGAAGGAAGAGGAGAGAGAGAGAGAGAGAGAGAGCGGCGAUGUGCGGCUCCGGAGAUGUGCAGCAGCGGGACUGAGAUUGUACCGAGACUCCGCCGCCCUGCGCGCUGAUCAACACGGUAAACACCGGAGACUCCUUUAGAUCAAACCGAACAAUCCGCUACAACACACAGCCUUCCUCCCUCUCUCUCUCUCCCUCUUUUCCCUCUCUCUCCCUCUCUCUCCUUCAGCCAUACUCCUCCUCCUCCUCCUGCUGCUGCUUUGAAGUGUAAGAGCGCGCGGCCUGCACUCAGCACUACAGUUAGUUUGUAUCCGUUUGCGGCUACAUGAGAGAAAAAUCAGAGAAGCAGAAAGGAGAAGAGCAGAUCCUGAUUUAGGAGCAGAACUCUUCCCAGGAGCUUAUUGUGGAACUGGAGCUCAUCCAGACAGGCUGGGAUCAGGUGUCCCAUUCAGGAGGAGGUGCAGGAGCCUCUAAAUUGUUCUGAAAGGGGAAAAGGAGAACAAACGGGGGAAGUGGCCAUGGCUACAGCUGCCUCCUUCUUCUCCAACGGACCCGGACCGUGGACGCCGAGCGACACGGAGAUGAACACCAUCUACCGAGACCUGGAGCUCGGCACCGUGCUCACGCUGUUCUACUCGAAGAAAUCUCAGAGGCCUGAGAGGAGGACGUUUCAGGUGAAACUAGAGACGAGGCAGAUCAUCUGGACCAGAGGCACGGACAAAAUCGAAGGAGAAAUUGAUAUUCGGGAGAUUAAGGAGAUCCGGACGGGACAGAAGUCUCGGGAUUUCGAGCGUUAUGUCGAGGACUCAGCCAUCAGACCUGACCAGGCACACUGCUUCGUCAUUCUCUAUGGCACAGAGUUCCGCCUCAAAUCCCUCAGUCUGGCAGCCACGUCAGAUGAGGAAAUGUCCAUGUGGGUGAAGGGUCUGAACUGGCUGAUGGCCGACACCCUGCGCUCCCCCACUCCUCUACAGAUAGAACGGUGGUUAAGGAAGCAGUUUUAUGCUGUCGAUCGCAACAAAGAAGAUAAAAUUUCCUGUAAGGAUCUGAAAAACAUGCUGAGCCAAGUCAACUACCGAGUCCCAAACAUGAAGUUUCUACGAGAGAAGCUUCCGGACGGCGAGUUGAGGAGCGGUGACGUCUCGUAUAGUCAGUUUGCACAGCUGUACCGGAGCCUAAUGUUCGACGCACAGAAAUCUAUGGAUAUUCCUUUCCUUCAAAGCUUUAUCGAGAGACCCGAGCAGAGGAUCAAACUGGAGGAUUUCCAGCACUUUCUAAUCGACUGUCAGAAGGAGCGCUGGGCUACAGACAGUAAUAAGGUUCAGGAGUUCAUGUUUCAUUACCUGAAGGAUCCACUGAGGGAGAUCGAACAGCCUUACUUUUGUCAGGAUGAGUUCCUCACCUACCUGUUCUCCAAGGAGAACUCCAUCUGGGAUUCCACACUGGACCACGUGCGUCCUGAGGACAUGAAUAACCCUCUCUCGCACUACUGGAUCUCUUCCUCACAUAACACCUACCUGACGGGAGACCAGUUUUCCAGCGAGUCAUCUCUGGAGGCGUACGCCCGCUGCCUGAGGAUGGGCUGCAGAUGCAUUGAGUUGGACUGCUGGGACGGUCCUGAUGGGAUGCCGGUCAUCUAUCACGGCCACACCCUGACCACCAAGAUCAAGUUCGGCGACGUUCUCACGACCAUCAAAGAGCACGCGUUCGUCACGUCCGAAUUUCCCAUAAUCCUCUCCAUCGAGGACCACUGCAGCAUCGUGCAGCAGAGGAACAUGGCGACCUUCUUUAAGAAGGUGUUCGGUGAAAUGCUCCUGACGAAAGCCGUGGACAUUUCUGCGGACGGACUUCCAUCACCCAAUCAGCUCAAGAGGAAGAUUCUGAUCAAGCACAAGAAGUUAGCAGAAGGAAGUGCGUAUGAAGAGGUCUCCACGUCCACUCCGUACUCGGAAAACGACAUCAGCAACUCCAUCAAGAAUGGCAUCUUGUUCCUGGAGGACCCCAUCAACCACGAGUGGUACCCGCACUUUUUCGUCCUGACGAGCAGCAAGAUUUACUACUCGGAGGAAACCACCAGUAACCAAGGCAACGAGGAUGAGGAAGAGCACCGUGAGGUUGGGAACGGCAUGGAUCAGCACGUGAGCGAGAAGUGGUUCCACGGGAAGCUGGGCGCGGGCCGGGAUGGGCGUCAGAUCGCAGAGCGUCUCCUCUCGGAGUACUGCCUGGAGACCGGCGCGCCGGACGGAUCGUUCCUGGUGCGGGAGAGCGAGACGUUUGUGGGAGACUACACUUUAUCGUUCUGGCGUUCAGGUCGUGUUCAGCACUGUAGGAUUCACUCUCGCCAGGAAGCCGGCAGCCCCAAAUUCUACCUGACGGACAACCUGGUGUUCGACACGCUCUUCGCUCUCAUCACACACUAUCAGCAGGUGGCGCUGCGCUGCAACGAGUUUGAGAUGAAGCUGACGGAGCCCGUGCCUCAGACCAACGCCCACGAGAGCAAAGAGUGGUAUCACGCGUGUCUGACCCGGAGCCAGGCGGAGAACAUGCUGAUGAGGGUGCCGCGUGAUGGAGCCUUCCUCGUGAGGAAGAGGACGGAGUUAAAUUCCUAUGCCAUCUCCUUCCGAGCCGAGGGGAAGAUUAAACACUGUCGGGUGCAGCAGGAGGGACAGACGGUUGUUCUCGGUACGUCAGAGUUUGACAGUUUGGUGGAUUUGAUCAGUUACUAUGAGAAACACCCACUGUACCGCAAGAUGAAGCUGCGUUACCCCAUUAACGAGGAAACACUGGAGAAGAUUGGCACUGCUGAACCAGACUAUGGUUCUCUGUAUGAGGGACGGAACCCAGGUUUCUAUGUGGAAGCCAAUCAAAUGCCUACAUUUAAGUGCACUGUGAAAGCGAUGUUCGAGUAUAAGGCUCAGCGUGAUGACGAGCUCUCCUUCAGUAAAAACGCCAUCAUUCAGAAUGUCGACAAACAGGAAGGAGGGUGGUGGAAAGGUGACUUUGGGGGAAAGAAGCAGCUGUGGUUUCCUGCUAAUUAUGUCGAAGAGAUCAGCCAUACUGCAGUGGAACCAGACAGAGGCGCGGCCGAGAACAGCCCACUGGGAGACCUCCUGAGAGGAAGUGUGGACGUGUCUUCCUGUCAGAUCAUGCCGAGGCCUGAUGGGAAAGGCAGUCGUCCACACGUCUUCUCCUUACUCCCCAUGGGUUCUCCACGCUCGGGCACCGUGCUGGACGUUGCUGCGAGUUCUCAGGAGGAGCUGAAGGACUGGAUGCAGAAAAUCCGUGAGGUCACCAUGACAUCAGAGGCAAAGCUGGAAGAAGGGAAGAUAAUGGAGAGGAGGAAGAAGAUCGCGCUGGAGCUCUCGGACCUGGUGGUGUACUGCCGUCCCGUUCCGUUCGACGAGGACAAAAUCGGGACGGAGAGAGCGUGUUUCAGGGACAUGUCCUCAUUCCCGGAGACCAAAGCUGAGAAAUAUGUGAACCGGGUCAAAGGGAAGAAGUUCCUGCAGUACAAUCGUCUUCAGCUGUCGCGUAUCUAUCCGCGCGGUCAGCGCCUGGACUCGUCCAACUACGACCCGUUACCCAUGUGGCUUUGCGGCAGCCAGCUGGUGGCGCUCAACUUUCAGACAGCAGAUAAGCCCAUGCAGAUGAACCAGGCGCUGUUUAUGCUGAACGGGAAGAGCGGCUACGUCCUGCAGCCGUCCAUCAUGAGAGACGACAACUUCGACCCUUUCGACAGACACACGCUGAGAGGAGUCGAGCUCGUCACACUCGUCAUCGAGGUGUUGGGUGCACGGCACUUACCGAAGCAUGGGCGGGGCAUCGUAUGUCCGCUGAUUGAGAUCGAGGUUUGCGGAGCUGAAUAUGACUGCAUCAAGCAGAAGACCGACUCUGAGGCGGAUAACGGUCUGAACCCCACGUGGCCCCGAAAGCCGUUCCGCUUCACCGUGUGUAACCCCACGUUCUCCUUCCUGCGCUUCGUCGUGUACGAGAUCGACAUGUUCAACGACCAGAACUUUCUCGCUCAGGCCACCUUCCCCAUCAACUGCCUCAAAACAGGUUACAGGGCCGUGCCACUGAAGAACAGCUAUAAUGAGGAUCUGGAGUUGGCAUCUCUGCUCGUCCACGUCGAUAUCAGCAGAGGCAGAGUGAGUCAUGAGAACGGCGAGAUGACGAGUCCGUUCCUCGGAACGAUGGGUGUGAUGACGGCAGGGAGGGACCGUUUAGGGGACAGUGUGUCCUCUCUGUCCUCCAUGUCCCCUCUCCCCUCGUCCCCGGCUCAGGCUCUCGGGUAUCGGGGCCGUGAGGGAUCGCUCGAGUCUCGAUAUCAGUCACCGCUGGACGACUUCAGAGUGUCACAGGAAGCUCUACUGGACCACAUGGAUCCACAGAACAGGUCCAGGUUGAUGCGACGAGCCCGAGUAGGUGGAGACAAUCGUGUGUAGCGCCUCCUCCACCCUACACACACACACACACACACACACACCCCUACACACACCCCUACACACACACACACUGCCACCCAGGGUCUGGCUCAAGUGCUGAUGAUGUCAUGGACUGCUGUGAAACCUGUUUCUAUGGAAACGUUGUCGCCAGUGCUUUUGGCCUACAUUUCAGGCAGAACUCCCACCUCUUUAUCUGUCUCACUCUCUAUCUGUCUCUCUCUCCCUCUUUCUGGAGACGGUGUGAGAUGAAGACGGUGGGAGGGACACGUCGGGGGUCAUGCGGCGUAACGAGACGCCGUCUGAGCGACGUGUGCGUGCGCGGGACGUUCAGUAGCAUGAAGGACUGAAGAAACGUCAACACCUGGGAUGGGAUUGGGUUUAAAACUACUUUUUUUUUUUUUCCUCUUCCGUUCUCUCUCUCUCUCUCUCUCUGGCAUAUAGAAAUCUAUAGGUCUAUAUAUAAAUAUAUAAUAUUUAUUCCGGCUCUGCUGUGUACCAGAGAACAGCUGCAGCUGAUCUGCUCUCAAAGAGCGUCCCUCUCUCCCCAUGUUUGUAUUAUUUAAACACAAACUUUUAACUUCCAUAAUGUGAUUUUCUUUCUCUCUUUUUUUUAAUUAGUGUACGUGUCUAACACAAGGGCUUGGCUUUCUCCCCCUUUUUCGUGCUCUCUUCCUCCCACAGAAUGAAGCGUCCACGUUUCCCCCAGCACGCCAUCAUCAUGUUAUUCUUUGUUUCUUUUUUUUUUCCCUUCUUCCCCCAGUCGAGCGGAAAUCCAUGCAGCCGUAAAACCGAGAGCUCAGGAAGAAGCCCCGGCCUGUUUUUGUUGGAUUCUGGCAGGCUUCAGAAAAAUGGGACCAGGCAGAGGCUUUGUGAAAUAUAAAUAUAUAUAUAUUUUUCUUGAUUUCUCAAAGUAUCAUCCUUGUUUUUAUUUUUAUGUCACACUAUUAUUGUUGGAUCAUUUUUUUGUUCUUUUUAAACCAAGAAAGAGGGACCAGGACUCUAAACAGGAAAACGGUGCCAUGUUGUUUGUUUGUUUUUUUUAAAUGUAAACCUUGUUCACAAUCCGCUCGCUGGUUUUGUUUCUUUGUUUGAUGAAGAAAAAGUUGAAUCAUCUCAGCUUGCUGUUGUUUUACUUUUUAAAGACUCCAUAUGUAUUUUUAAUCGCUUUAUUCUUCUCGUGAGUCCGUUUCUACUUUUGAAUCGAUCGCUCGCUUCUCGAUGCGAUAGAAAUAGUCUGAUACGGGGGUUAAAAUCCGAUUCGUUGACGUUUUAUACCGCUUUGAGCUUUCUGGCCCAUAAAUUAGCCCCGCCCCGUUUUCUUUUCCUUUCCCGCCUUCCAAACCAGCUUACAAGGUAUUUUCGUUUCUUUUCAAGGGAUUUAUUCAUAAUCAAUCAAUCAUUUCAAGUGACUCGCAGGCACUAGAAGGCUGAAAAAAACCCCUUCCAAACCGCUUCUUUAAGCCACCAGCCUGUUAACAUGUCCGCAUAAUUUAUUGAUGACAGUAUUAGUGUUAAAAUGUAAAUACAGACUCGGGGCAUCCUUCAGUUUUAGACAGCAAUAGUUGAGCGGUUAAGGUUCUCGUGAAAGGUUACCUAGGGAAAAAUGUACUCAUCGCUGCUUUAAGCAUUUUUUUUUUUAAACGCAAGGACCAAAUCGUGUACACUGUAGAGCAUCUGUGAGGUCGUUUAACAGAACACAAGCGUACAGAUGUUUUUUCCAACAGUAUGAGGAAUGAUGUGUCGUCCUAGAUGUAACGUGGCACUAUUCCUUUUUAAUGAAAAAGGGGGCGGAGCUGUUGUUACGUAGGUUUACGUAUUUCCGAGUGGUCAGGAAUCAGGAUGUGCAGAACGAUGUAAAGCUUCACAUUCUUUCCAUCCAUGUUUUGAGUUCUGGAUUCUGUCUCACCGAGCUCUUGCGUAAUCCCAAAUUCCAGAUGAAACAGGAACCAGAAACGUGCGCUUCCUGCCCCGAGUGCUUAUUCCUCCUGAACGAGGGAGAAAAAGGCGACUCAUCGAUGCCGCUGUUGCCAUGUUUUUGAUGAAACUCUGCGCUGUGUAAAUCUCUUUCUCUCUCUUUUUCCCCUGCCGUCUGCUUCAACGUGCCUCCGUGUGCGUUGUGCGAGAGCGUGUGUACAUAUACAUAUUUAUACAUUAUUGACAGAUGGACAUGUAUGUAUGCUUCAUUUUGUUACGAUGCUCUUAUUUACAAACCGAAGCCUUUUUUCUGUAAUGUGCCUAUGCUAUAUUGGGAAGGGAGGGGUAUACAUCUUAAUUUUGCCUUUCAUAUGGAGCAUAUUCAAAGCCUGAUGAAAUAAUUAAAUAAAAGUAUUCAACAAGA